CCUUUCCUUGCCCAAGGUCGCGCGGGAUAGCAGCCAGCCAAGCGGCGGGUUACUGUAGGUCGUGGCCGGCCGUUUAAAUUCCUUGGGGAAGGAAGGAAGGGAGAGCAUUAAGCGCAGGCUCCGCACCCGGCAUCCCAGGCGAGGACCGAGGGGGCUGCGGGGAAAGCCGGAAAAAAAAGAAAAGAAAAGAGCCGCGCCUCCUCUCGCCGCCGUUCCGGGCGAAGGAGCUCCAGCUGCGCCUGCCGACCGGGGCCCUUUCGACGCCUUCGCAGUUUUUGCAGGACGAGAUUACUCCAGACUUUUCUACCAUGCCUGCCUUUACUCACAUUACCCAGAACGGUGUAACUCAUUCGGAAAAAGUCCGUCCCAUUUAUGAGCAAAUGGAUUCAGAAAGAGAGAUGACAGAUGACAUUUUUGAUGAGACUUAUCAUGAGAAAGAGGGUCCUAAGCCUGCAAAAAUAUACGUUUGGAGGAACAUUAUUCUCAUGUCUCUUCUCCAUCUAACUGCCCUGUAUGCCAUCUCGUUCAUACCGUCUGCAAAGCUACUCACUUUGGCGUGGGCUUUUUUGUGCUUCAUAUUGGCUGGUCUUGGAGUUACAGCUGGAGCACAUCGGCUUUGGAGUCACCGGUCUUACAAAGCUAGUUUACCUCUUCGAAUAUUCUUGGCCAUAAUCAACUCCAUGGCUUUUCAGAAUGAUAUUUAUGAGUGGGCCAGAGACCACCGUGUGCACCACAAAUUCUCUGAGACGGAUGCGGAUCCCCACAAUGCAAAACGUGGCUUUUUCUUUGCUCAUAUUGGCUGGUUGUUGGUUCGCAAACACCCAGAUGUCAUUGAAAAAGGACAGAAGCUGGACUUGUCCGACCUGAAAGCUGACCAAGUUGUGAUGUUCCAGAGGAGGCAUUACAAGAUCUCGGUGGUCCUCCUGUGCUUUGUGCUUCCUUCCUUUGUCCCUUGGUAUUUUUGGGGAGAAACCUUUCUCACCAGCUUCCUGUUGACUAUUCUCCGCUACACGUCAACCCUCAACGCCAGUUGGCUGGUGAACAGUGUGGCACACAUGUACGGCAAUCGGCCAUAUGAUCGCCACAUCAACCCCAGAGAAAAUCACUUUGUGGUCUUUGGAGCUUUGGGGGAAGGCUUCCAUAAUUACCAUCAUACUUUCCCCUUUGAUUACUCAACAAGUGAAUAUGGCUGGCGGUGGAAUUUCACUACUGGUUUUAUUGAUCUUAUGUGCUUUCUUGGCUUGGCCAGUAACUGCAAGAAAGUGGCCAAGGAGAGCAUCUUGGCUCGAAAAAUUCGGACUGGUGAUGGAAGCCACAAGACUGGCUGAAAAUUGUUUUCCCUGACCUUUCUUUUCUCCUUUUUCCAACAACCUAGUCAUAUAUUUGAUCUGUUUACUAGCUAUUAGGACUGUGCAAAGCAUGAAACAGGGGAGGGGGCUUCGCAAAGUGCAUUGGCACAAGUGAAACAUUAAAGCAGCUGUGUCCUCUGAAAGGCCAGGUACCACAGUUUUGAAGGUUUUUCCUGGUUCUCUGCUCAGGUGUGUGUAUACACAGCUGCUUGGCUUGGCUGAUAGUAGAAUGAGAUGGGCUUUCUGUGCAUACAUGAGAUGUGAACAGUCAGGGUUGCCCCUCAGAACAGCCAAACUCAGCUGUAUUGCAGCUGCUUCAUGCUUUGAGAAUGGAUAAUUCAUUUUGCAAAGCCCCCUUUCAAAUGUUUUGCACAGCCACAUAACUACCAAGCAAUGUGUUCAGGAUGCUUAAGUAUUGUCUUUUGAACCAAUAUAUUCAAGGCAUAUGGCAAAAGUCCACCCCCGACCCCGACCCCGACCUUGGAAGCUGCUUUUCUAUGUCUUUUCGACUCCUUCUCUGCAAAAGUUUCUUUCUCUCUUCUCCGUUUUCUGUCUCUCUCCUUAGCAGCUGAUAAAACAUCCCAAUCCAUGCGUUCUUGGUUGGAAGAGGAUUUAGGAAGAUUGAAAGGACAGACUGGUAUCCAAGUAGAAAAUUCCUUUCUUAGAAUGAGUAACAACUCAUGAUUGGCUUAUAGUCAUUUCCCCUUCUCCUUAGCUCCGGUGCAGUUGAAGCUCUCUUCUUUUUCUGGUAGAAAAUUAGAAGUUGGACUUCUACAUAGCGGUUAUGAACACUAUUAGAAAUUGAGAAAAUGUGUAUACUGAAUGGGAAGGCAGAAGAUCAGUCCUGUAGUAGUGGUUGAUAGUUGGUGCUCAACAAAUGGGAGCUCUCUUCCUCCAUGUCCUCCUGUCAUUGCUGCUUGUCCUUAUCAAGACUUGUCCGCAGGAUUCUGAGAUGGCAAGACGGGGGUUGUCAUGUAACGAUGCUGGUCGCUCUAUAGCAGUGAAGUGCAUCUGGUUAAGAACAUGCUCAAAGAUUUAAAAAAAAUGUAGGCACUAAAGGUUUUUUUUUUAUAGCUGAAGCUUUUUUUAUGUGCAAAAGAAUGACUUGUAUGUUGCAUGCUUGCUGAUAUAUGUAGUAGUAGAUUAUUUCUGUUCUCAAGUGAUUUAGUCAGUUUAGCAUCAAGUGAUUCAGCUAAUUUAUUUCUCAAUUCCCGAACCAUUUUCUGAACCAAAUCUGCUGUAAUUAUUUUCCCUAUAGGUGGCUCUAGUAAUCCUCUCCUCCCCUCCAUUCUCACCACUUUUCUGAUUGUCGUUAUAAUAUUAUAAUCCAAAAAGGAAAGUGUCUUAAACAAGGGGAAAAGAAAAGGCAAGCUUCCCCUUUUCUUUCUCUUUUGUUCUUCCUGUGCCUUUAAUAUUUUCAUCUCUAAUGGCACUCUAAUGUUACAGUCAGCAUCAUCACAAUCAAUAUCAUCAUAGUUACAAUCAACAUCACAGUCUGGCUCAUAUUACCAUUAUAUUUUGUUUUGUAAAAUUCACCAAUUGUUUGCACUUGUUAAUAAUAAACAAAAAACAUUCCCAU